AUGUUCACGGGCACAAUAAAGAUCGAGAUCUGCGAGGCGAUGGGGUUACGCGCGACCGACAAGCAGCGCAAGUUCUGGCAAGAUGAGCCUAUACUCGACCCGUACGUGCAGCUGGACGUCGACGAGAACCACCUGUACCGCUCGUCAACCAAGCCGAAGACCUUCGACCCCGUGUGGAACGAGUGCUUCAUCCACGAGGUGCAGGACGCGGUCACGCUGGGCUUCACUGUCUUCCACGACUCGGCACUGCCGCCGGAUUACUUCGUUGCCAAUUGCAGCAUCCCGUUCGAGGAGCUGGUCAGCCGGAACGGCAAGACCACCGAUUUUUGGGUUGAUCUGGAACCUCAGGGAAAAUUGCGGGUGAAAAUAGAUUUGCAAUGGAAUGACCAAGAUCGACAGACAAGUUGCGGCACAGGCGGCGAUGGCGAGGCUAUCGGUGGCAGGGGCAUCGGCAAUAUCACCACCAGUAAAGAACCACGGCGGGAAUUCAAGGAGAGGCAGGGCUUCAACCGCCGACGAGAUGCGAUGCGACGGAGGGUUCAUCAAGUGAACGGGCACAAAUUCAUGGCUACCUUCCUGAGGCAACCGACCUUCUGCUCGCACUGCCGCGAAUUCAUCUGGGGCUUGGGCAAGCAGGGCUAUCAGUGUCAAGUGUGCACUUGCGUGGUCCACAAGAGAUGUCACAAGUUGGUGAUAACGAAAUGUCCAGGAAUGAAGGAUGCGUCGAGUCAGGACACAGAGAGCCCGCGCUUCAGCAUAGACAUGCCCCAUCGGUUCGUCCCCCACAAUUACAAGAGAUUUACAUUUUGCGACCACUGCGGAUCCUUGUUGUACGGGUUGUUCAAGCAAGGUUUACAAUGCGAAGCCUGCAACAUGAACGUUCACAAACGGUGCCAGAAGAAUGUACCGAACAGCUGCGGCAUCAAUACCAAGGCCAUGGCCGAGAUCCUGAAAACGAUGAACAUCUCCGCGGACAAGCAUGUGAAAACGCCGAAAAUUAAUUACAGAAUAUCCGCAGGCUCGUCGUCGUCCGCGGUGACAGAUGAGCUGACCGCGGACAAUUUGCAGGCGAGUCAGAAAACACUAGAAACACCAUUUAACGCCAAUGAGAAUGCGGUGCCGGUGAACGGCAGUGAACAGAGAAAGUUCGGUAUAGAUGAUUUUAAUUUUAUCAAAGUCCUGGGCAAGGGCAGUUUCGGUAAAGUGAUGCUAGUGGAACGAAAGACUAACCCCGACGAGAUUUACGCUGUGAAAAUUCUGAGGAAAAGCGUCAUCCUUCAAGACGACGACGUGGACUGCACGAUGACGGAAAAGAGGAUCCUGGCCUUGGCGGCGAAGCAUCCUUUUCUGACGGCCAUCCACAGUUGCUUCCAAACGACUGACCGGCUCUUCUUCGUCAUGGAAUACGUGAAUGGAGGUGAUCUGAUGUUCCACAUUCAGAAGGCUCGGAAGUUCGACGAAGCAAGGGCGCGCUUUUACGCGGCGGAGGUGACGCUCGCGCUUCAGUUUCUGCACAAAAAUCACGUUAUAUACCGCGAUCUUAAAUUGGAUAACAUAUUGCUGGAUCAAGAGGGACAUUGCAAACUAGCGGACUUUGGAAUGUGCAAGGAGAACAUAGUCGAUGGACAGUCAACGACGUCGACGUUCUGCGGCACGCCGGAUUACAUCGCUCCCGAGAUACUUCAGGAAAUACAGUACGGCGCGAGCGUCGACUGGUGGGCCCUCGGCGUUCUCAUGUACGAGAUGAUGGCCGGGCAGCCACCGUUCGAGGCUGAGAACGAAGACGAGCUGUUCGAAUCGAUCUUGCGGGAUGACGUGUUAUAUCCGGUGUGGAUCACCAAGGAAGCAGUGUCCAUAUUGAAGGGCUUCAUGACUAAGAAUCCUGCCAAGCGAUUAGGUUGCGUCGCGUCUCAAGGCGGCGAAGACGCCAUAAAGGUCCAUCCAUUUUUUCAACACAUGGAUUGGGAGGCGCUCGAGGCGCGCAGGUUAAAGCCACCAAUUAGACCUAAAAUUAAAAACGAGAAGGACGCCAUGAACUUCGAUACGGAAUUCACGAAGGAGGAUCCCGUGUUAACGCCGGAAGAAUCGGAGGACGUGAACUACAUUAAUCAAGAGGAGUUUCGUGGUUUCUCCAUGGUCAACAAGGACUUUAAUCCAGCAAGGUUUGCAGCGCAAUAAGAGAUGAAUAACCACUGAAGAUGGAAAUGGAAACCAAAUUAAUGUCGUCCUAAUGCUUCUCGCUUAACAAGGUGGCGAAUGCGCUAAGUCGCGAAGCUGGAAACCGUGGCGUUUUUGAAGCUGCUCGAGAUCUCCUUUGGCCGUUGCGUCCGAUACGGAGAUGAUUUUGUCCAUUGCAGAUGGAAGUUUUUCAACUCACCAGGCGUAUUGGCGGCGAUCCGAAACACAUUGACAUAAUUCGGAAAUCAUCCCCCAGCUAGCCAGGCAGGAGUAACCAGAGGUUUCGUUUACUCGAGAAUUUGCGUUUUCGCGGGAGAUAUUUUUUACCGUGCAGAGAAACGCAACGUUGAUUUGGAGCGUGGAGCUUAGGAAGACGCGUUUUCUCAGGGCGCUCGCCCUGAAGAAAAAAAGUCGGAGAAGUUGCGAUUCUUUGCUAUCAUUUUUCGCGAGAAGCCAGAGUCGGUGUUGUUACCGGAGGUAAACAAACAGCAAUAGCGAGCGAGCGAGCGAGCGAACGAACGAAGUUUUUACGUUAUUCCGAAACGAAUUGCUGGAAUAUGCAAUCGACGGGGGUGUAGAGUUCACACGACGAUGAGGUAGUACAAACGAACGAGAAAAGUGAUGGGCUCUCGCGCGAAAGAAACGGUAUGAGCGAUCGCUGGGCGAUCGGUAAUAUUUCACUUCAAAGUGAUAUAUUCCUAAAAUUAUAUAUAAUACGUUAUUAGAAACGCAAACAGGAAUAUAUAGAUUUACGUAAGAUAUAUAGGAGAGAGAGGGAGAAAGAGAUAUCGAACAAAUUCGGCAGGAUGUCUUCACCGGUCUUCACCGGCUUCUUCACACACACACACACACUUCACAUGUCGUUAUCUUCGAUUUCUUUUAUUUCUACUUCUUUUUUCCUCCAUUAGAGAGAUAGUUCUUUUUUAACGAGUGUUUUCUAUCCAAUGAUUUUAUAUACAAAGUUUGCGUACGCACAGAGCGAAUUAUUCCGUUCAUCUCUUCAAGUAUUAUGCGAGCUCGAUUGAGUUUCGAUCUGACGAUAUUCAGUAUUGCGUUUAAGUGAUAGGGACGCGACGCGAAUUCGUACACGCGCAAAUUCACGACUUUUUCUUUUAAACGCGCGUUACAGCUUGGCGCUUGUUGACGCAUUUUUUUUCGAACGUCGUUUGAGAAGAAGGUCCUCGUUAUCGAAAUAAUCGCUUUUUUCUUUUCGUCGUAUCGGUCGUUGAUUCGUCGAAGAAGCGACGAAGAAGGAAAAGUCCCGGAGAGAACUAAGUUUUAGCCGUACAUUACUUAAAAACUAAGUCAAGUUUAGUUCUCUACUUAAAACGUAGUGACGAUUCGCGAAAUUUAGUGAUGAAGACUGAACGUAAGCUGGACUUAAAUUUUAAGUAAUUCCAGCGGAUACAUUUAUAAAUGUCGAAGUCUAUGUGUAAGCCCCUUGUUAUAGGAUAUAGACCACCAUCACUAUAGGAAGAAUCGAAAAGUCGACUCUCGUUUCCCGAGGGGAGUAGCCGGCUGACUGACACUGACCGGCUGUUCGGCGCCCCCCUCGAGCGAGAUCCAAAGUCUUUUCGCCGAGCUUUAUACAGAGGAGCAUCUCGCAGCGCUUCUCCGAUAGGUAUUUAAGUAAAAAAGAGAAAAAAAGAAACAAACACAUACACACACACACACACACACACAGAAAGACACAUAUACACGAUCGCGCUCGCGUGAUGUAGACCGAGCAGGAUACGGUCUAAAUCAGACAAGCGCGUUGAUUUCAUACUUAAGAUAGAAGAAUUUCGAGUAAUCAUUAAGCGCAUGGAGUGAGAGUCCACUGGUGGAUCUCGUAAUCAAAGAACACAUCAAAGGUAUAUUAUUAUAUAUCCAUACACGUGUGCGUGUACACGUUUAUGUACACGUUUAAUUUAUUUUAGUAAGGAACGCGCGUACACACAGGAGCAGCGAUAAUGCGCAAUUUAAUUAAAGUAUACUCGCGACGGGCAUAUAUAAAUAUAUAUAUAAUAUAUAUAUAUAUAUAUAUAUAUAUAUAUAUAUAUAUAUAUAUGUGUGUGUGUAUGUAUAAGUUUGCACGCGACUCGCGACGCAAGACUUUCUCUUACGGCGGUUUUCUUUAAGCAAGGUGCACGAGGUUGUAAGUAUGUGUGUGACAUGGCCGUCAUGUUACACACCUAGGCGGGUGUUACACACAUCUAUACUUGCAUAUAGAUAUCAAAUUAACCAAACGAACCGAGGGAAAAUCGACAAAGGGAGCGCCAAUCUAGCGAUUUUCGACGCACCUCUGACGCCUCCGGGAUCCUUGAACGUGUUGUCUUUAGUUAGGUGUCGCUGCAGAGGGUUUGACGAAGUAUCAACGUGUGUACUUAAUCCAUAGUGAAGCUGAAAGCUCUUUAGACUUAAGUGGUAAUAGUAAUAAUAUUUUGUUAGCGACUUUUAAGCACGCGUGGUCGUUGGCCGUAGCUACUUAUCAGCGAGAACGUUGCAACUUCUUGGCUCGAACCUCGUAGUUUUGACCCAAGAGGGAGAAGGGGACGCAUCGUGAACGAUAAGGGAGAGAGAGAGAGAGAGAGAGAGAGAGAGGGUGAGGGAGAAACACGGUGGGACGUGAGAUGGGCUAAUAUUAUUUAACCUUCGGUGUACGUCGUCGAAGAGCAUUGUCCAGUUUGCACACCACAAAGAUUCAAUUUAGUACGCGCGUUCCGCAUGACUCGCACUCCCCCCUCGCAAUCAUCACUCGACGCGGGUCGUACGUGGGAGAAAGAAUUGUUAUACAUCUCGCGAGAAUCGCGAAUAUUAGCGUCCUCUUCUCCCCCGCCCCUGCUCCUCCCCCACGCCCACUACUUCAAAUACACAUCUCGAAUCUUUUGGCGGCAACGCGCGGAGUCGUCGUCAAAUGACUCUAAUAAUUUAGUUGAUAAAUAGAGACACGAAGAAGUGGAUAAAUAUUAACAUAAAAACGACGUAGCCUGUAAAGAGAGAGCAGAAAAGCGUUAGUGUUUAACCGUAGUGAUAAUAGCGAACCGAGGCGAAAGCGAAAAUCGUGCAUUAUAGGAAUCUCUUCGGCGCGUCUGCCGGCGACAAGCGCUCUCUCCUGUCUCCCUGCCACGCUUCACAAACGUUUCCCAGAUCAACAAGUUUGUGACAGCCCCGCGUAGCAAGAGAGAGAGAGAGAGAGAGAGAGAGAGAGAGAGAGCCAGAGAGAACGGCUCGUCGACGGCGACUUGGCGUGCAUCGGCAACUUGGUGUCGUGGUCGUCAUAGUUGUUGUAAACGUCGUAAAGCAUAAAAACCAUUUUUAUGUCCUCCCUUAGAUGUUAGGCCUCGCGAGAAAAGGAGCGGAAGAGAGAGAGGAAGAGAAAGAGAAACACAGAGAGAGGAAAAAUAGAGCGUGUGAGCGAAAUCGUCCUCGCUUUUCGUUCCCCUCUCCCCCUUUGCCGAUCGAUGUUGACACCUCUGUCCGUGACCACACUGCGACCUACGCGGCUGCUAACGCGCACUUUGAGCUUGUGCAGGGCUCGAAGCGCGAAAUCGUGCGCCUUCGAAGGCUCGCCGAGGGACUCUGACAAAGGUGUCGACGACGAGGGGGAUGAAGAGCACGCUCCGAGACGCGUGGUAUUCGUCGCACGAUUUUUAGAUCUUAAGGUGUAUUGUACCAAGAUACACGCGCGACGUUGGCAGUACACGGAGAACUGAUGUAUAUACACACAAACACGCGUGUAUGUGUGCGUAUAUAUAUAUGUAUAUAUAGAUAGAGAUAUUUAAGGCGCAAAGAAAUGAUCGUCGCUUCCGCAGCCUCCGCGUCUGCGAGUGUCGCACGUGUGAUCGGCGAACGUUGCGAGAAAACAUGGAUUCAAUUGUCAGAUUCAGAAGCCGAGACGCCAAUACCGGUAUAAUCUGCCUGUACAGUGUGUCGCGCUCGAUCCCGAAGACCACAGGUGCGCAAUCAGAAUGUCCGUGUUAAUUCGCGAGGCAAUAAAUUCGCGUUCAAUGUUUGGGAUCAUCCUGAAUCGCGCGCCUGAGACGACGCGGGAGAUUGAGCGUUUACACGUUGAGGAAAGAUACCCGAAAGUUUACGUGUGGGAUAUAGUCUAUUUCGCAGAAAUAAGCACUAUUUCUCAGAAAUAAGCAUUACGUCCUACAAGUAAGUUUUCCGAGUGUUCUUCCUCGCAGCGCACGAUUAUCAUCGGGCUCGCAAUUCUCUGUCCGGAAUCACAUACAUCGAUUGUGGACAAUUUUGUUUGCCGGACGCGCGGAAGCUCGGCAAGCGCACGCGGGGCGUAGAUCGUCAUCGCGGUCGCGUUGGCGCGCGGCCGACCGUCAUCACAGCUUUUGCUUGCACAGCAAUAAUUAAUCGAUCGUGCGAUUCGUAGGAUAUUCUAACUAAGUGCUAAGGAGGUAUUGACCGUCCCGUCGAGAGAGAGAGAGAGAGAGAGAGAGAGAGCGUGUCGAUACUAUUUCUCCGUGUAUUGAUUCGUUCGAGAGAGCGCCCCGAUAUCCUCGUCACCGACCACGGCUGCACAGAGAUUAUCAAUUAGCCGCGCGCUCGCGCGUUUUUACACGCUCGUCCGCUCACGUGGGCGCGUUCUUCAUCACGUUUCGUUCCUGUCGAAUGUUUUCUUCUUCGGCCCGUCUACUGCGACGCGCGAUAGAAACCGUCUCGAUGCAGAACACAGAAAAAGGUACCUGACGACAUGGUUGAUCUCUAAUCAUGCACGCGUGUUGAUUAUCACGUCUCACGAUCAACGGAUGUGGAGGAACGUUAAUGAGACGUCGAGUCCGUUAUCGUGGAGGGAAGAAAUCAAGCGGAAGCCUUCCUUGGUAAGAAGCUGCUUACACAGAGCCUGAUUUUGGAGAUGACUCUCUUCGAGUGCUAUCUGAAAGAAGAACGCCGAGAAAAAGGAGAAUAUACGACCCGCUGCGAGCGAGCGAGUCUGCGACAAAUAUAGACUGAGGGAAUACUUGAUUGUUCGACAAAAGGGCAAAGACAGGAAGAAAGAAAGAGAGAGACAAAAAAGCAGUAACUUGAAGUUUCGUUGACGAACGUGCAUUUACCAUAAAUCUAGUCAAAAUGGAGAUUUUUACGCAACGGGUCGAAAUGAUUCGCGUUAUAGAGGAUGAAUCAAACGUUAGUGAAAGAGGAACAAGAGUGAAUCAGAGAGAGAGAGAGAGAAAGGUAGAGACGGGUUAGUCCGGCCUACGCUUAAAAAAUAAAAGAAUACAUAACAAAAAUAAAAAUAGGCAAAAAUGAAAUAGGCAGAAAAUGAGAAGAACGAGCAUAUUAAAAGACGGUCUCGUUCGUUAUCUAAAAAUAGAGAAAAAUUACGACUAAACCGUAUACCUAUGUAUCGUUACGUCUAUGAUUACGAUGUAUGUACGUUACCACGUAUGUAUGUAUUACGAUGUAUGUACGUUACCUAUCCUGUCCGCAAGAGGCAGAAGAGAAGAAGCAAAUAGCGAUUGCCUCGCGAGCGUAGCGCGAGGCGACACUCCCCCGCUUAGGAUUUAGAGAUACCGGGUGCAAUUGCGAAUGUGUACAUAUAUAUAAUAUCAUCGGUCCUCUCUCGUUUUUCCCCGCUAAUAUUUAUUGUCGCGCGCGCGCGCGCGCGCACGACUCGCGCACGUUCUCGAUGAUCGCCCGGCGGAUCUAUGAAAGAACACAACGAUUGCCGUCCUCAAGCACAUCGAUUCGACACGAAAAAACGCGAAACUACGGCGCGCGCAGAGAGCGCGAAAAUUCCCCUCCUCGGAACUCUCUCGUCGGUAUGUGUCUUGUCGAUUAGACCCAUCGAGAACACCCAAGAAGCGAAUUGUCGUUGACGGGGAUAAGCGGACUCCCGGAUACGAGGUUCGCCGUGGCCGAGGGCACGGCUUGUCACUCGGCGCCUCAGGUGAUACAAACUUGUCUCGCUUUCGACGAUCAUCGAGAGCCCCGCGAGGGACGGACACCGCUGUUAUUAUUGCUAAUAUUACUAUCGUUACCAUUGUUACUGCUGCGCCGAGAGAGAGUGGGAAAUGCUGGGAAACUUAUUUGUGGGAUAAAGGACGGAAAUAAGCUUUACACAUUUCGCAGAAAUAAACUUCAUUUCGCAGAAAUAAACUUUACUUCGCAGAAAUGAACUUUAUAUCCCGCUGAUAAAUUUUCAAGUAUUUUUUUCUCGGUGCAUCACUAUGUACUAUACUAGUAUGAUGCGUGCGGGAUGGAAAGUUUCUUUCGCGGAAAUAAGUCUUGUUUCGCAGAAAUAAACUUCACACCCCACAAGUAAAUUUUCAAGCAUUUUUUUUUUCUCUCGGUGUAUCACUACUUUGUACCGCUAGUUUGUCGUCUCUAGUUUGUUGUACUGUGUUGUUCGAUUGAGUUCCGCUCGCGACGGCACCACACCACUCUCCGAUUGAUUUUUCGCGUAGAUGUGCACCCAGUUUCACUUCUUGGAGAGGAUCCCUUAAGUUGCACGCGAGUUUGAUUUUUCAAUCUCCCUUUCGCUGUGUUAGGUCGGAUUACCUAACGAUUUGUCUCCUCCCCCCCCC